AUGGAAGCGGCCAAGGGUUCUCGCCGUCCGGCUUCCCCUAUGCACAGAGCCGAGCUGGAAGUGAGAUGGGUGCAGGGAUUCACCAAUAGGAAGCUUGGCUUUGUGAACAACAAGACUAUCUGUUAUCCUUGUGGGAAUUAUGUCAUUUUUAUCAACUUUGAAACAAAGGAGAGGUCACUCUUACGGUGCCAGAGUGGAAGCGUGGGAGCCUUUGCGGUGAAUGGGAACCAGGGAAUAAUAGCUUUUUCUGACCGGCAACUGAAACCUACGAUCUAUGUCUACACCUUUCCAGGACUAACAAAGCAGGCUAAAUUAAAAGGGCAGGCCAGCUUGGACUAUUCCUUGCUUGCAUUCAGUCAUACAGGCUCUUACCUGGCCAGUUACUCCUCAGUCCCAGAAUUUUCUCUUUCCAUAUGGGACUGGAGCAAAAAAACCCUGUUAUGCAGUCAGUCACAGCCAGGAGUCGAUGUGACUGCGAUGAGUUUUAAUCCCAUGAGCUGGCACCAGUUGUGUUUGCAUAGUGGGACCUCUGCUACUCUCUGGAAUAUUGAAAGAAGUGAUAAAGAGCACUUCUUGAAAUCAAGACCAAUCACACUCCUUGCUCAAGAUGGAUCUACAGUGCAUGAGCAAAGUAACUUUUUCUCCUCCCUCAACACCCACGAUUCUUAUUUUGGUCCUCUGUUGCCUGUUCCAGCUGUUGCUGGCCUGGUAGAGGAUGAAGCAGAAACAUUUAAACCUAAAGACGAUACUCAGCCUACAGUUCAUCCUACUGUCCACUGCUGGACUCCAACCUCUGACCUGUACAUGGGCUGUGAAGAAGGAUAUUUUUUGAAAGUUGGUGCAGACACAUUCAAAGCUAGUACUGUCCACCAGAAACUUUCACCAGAUGCUAAAGCAAAACUACGGGCAACUUUUCGGUCAGUGUCCGGCUCUACUGGGAAAUCUCAAGAGUUUGGAAGGCAAGAGAGUCAAAAUGUGGUCCUGUUUGCUAUGGCACUACACAAGGAUGGACUGUAUGCAGCUGGAAAUGAUGGAGUUGUGCGUUGCUAUCAAGUCAAAGGCACACAAUUCCAAACAGAAGAUUGCCUGGAAGUUGAGCAGCCCAUAACAAAUCUCAUCUUUUCCCCUGACUACACUUCCUUAUUAGUUGAAACGGAAAAAGGAUCUCUUUAUGUCUUUAAUCCUAAUGACAAUGAAGAUGUGAUCCAGUUAUUGGAUGCAAGCGAAGGCCAGUUCCUCGGAGUUGAUUUUAUUGUUCCAGGAUCUGAGCACUGUGUGUCUGUAGCGGAAUCAGGUGAGAUGCAUGUUUGGCGGAUAGAGGAUGGAGCUUGUAUCAGCAAGGUAGCUUUGCACACCAUGGCCACCGCGAUGGCAUGCAGCUUGUCCUCUCACUGUGUGGCAGUGGGAACUAAAAGAGGCUACGUCUUCUUCAUAGAUGUUACGGAUGUCAAACUUCCUAAGGUGGUUCACCGGGUUCUGCUUACUGAAAAUUGCGUACAGUUUUUGCACUAUGAACAGAGUGGUCAGUUUCUUAUAACAGGAACUUCAGAUGGAUAUAUCUUUAUUUUAAAUGCUCUGCCUUCAACUACAUUCCAAGUUCUUGGAUACAUAGUGUUAUCCCAUAAGAUUAUUGAACUGACUUCACUCUAUGAUGUAGAGAAAGAGGCAUCUGAAGUUAUUGUACUCCUUUGUCCACCAGACAUCAAAAGAGCAAGACUGGAAGUGUUUAGCCUUCCUAGAAAGAUCGUCUUGGAUAAUGAGGAGUGUAUCAAUGAAAGGGGGCUGUUGAAGGACCAUGCCAUUCGGAAGCGCUCCUAUGACUUAGAGUUCCCUCUGAGCUCUGUGGUCAGGCGGAAGGACACCUCUGUGUAUGGCUAUGCUAGCCAUGCCCCUUUCAUCUGUAAAUACCAUUUUGCUUCAAAGAUAAGCUGGAAAGAUUCACCAAUUAUGAAAUCAGACAAGAGGAUACCAAGCAAGCAGUUUGGACGAGCUUUCCUGCGUUUGUCACCCCACGGCAAGUGGCUGGUUUCAGUAGCUGAGAGUGGAGUAUUAAUUAUCCAUGAUGCUGUGUCUUUGGACACUCUAGCUCUUGAGCACUGCCAUUCAUAUCAUGAACAUGGAAUCAGGUCGUUGGCAUUCUCCCUGGAUGGCCAGUUCAUACUCGUCAGUGGUUUUGACGGAGCAGUUGUUUUGCUGAAAUGGAAGAGGAUUGGUGAGCGCAAACUGAAGGAUGCAGUUGACUUUGGGAAUUAUCUUCUGACCAACUUAAACAACUAUAUUUUCAAGGAAAAAAAAUUUCUAAGGAAUAUGCCAGAAUGGGCAAGGAUAUCAGGAAAGAGUUUAGAAUCUGCACUAUUUCGAAGUGAUUCCCAGAUAAAAUUUAAGAAAGGAUCGGCUAUUGAAAUUGAAGAGGAGGAUGAAUAUUUCCUUCUGACUCAAGAAAAGUCUUCUGAGCAAACAUGGGUAGACCAGAAAGCAGAGAAGGCUAUCAAGGAAGAAACUGCCAAAUUUGCUGAUAAGAGAAAAGAAGUGAAACAGGGAAUUAAAAAGCUCCGUAAAAAGAUUCAGGAAAUGAUGUUUGAAAAUGCAAAAGUACCUAAAAUUGAGAAACUGGACCAACAAGAAUUCAACUUGGACAUGGAAGAACAAGAGAGACAACAAAUAGAAAGUGAAAAAGAAGUGGCACGGGUAAGGAAGGAUAUAGAGAUGGAAAAUCUAGCCAAUGCUUAUUUACGUGCGAUCAUCAAAGAAGACUGCUGGGAUGCCAUGUCUGUUAAAGGUCGCUCAGUCAGGAGCUUCCACUUACCAUGUGAAGUACAGAAUUACCCUAUGAAACAACGAAGCCCUGAAGAGCUGGCCUUCUUGGAGAGAAUUCUGCAUAUGAAGAAGAUUGAAAAGGCAGAUCGGAAGCUUCGAAGGGAUAUUGUUGAUUUCGAGUCUCAUGUUCAAGUCACUAAAGAGGAAGGGGAGAAGGCAGAAGAAGGAGAGAAACGGGAUGAAGAAGCAGUGCAUGCUCUGGAAGGAAGCCUGAGUUCCCGCUUUGGUGCAGAUACAUCUGUUUUAUAUCCCCAAAUGGAAAUGCACACUCGGGAAGAGAAAAUUAAUCAGAUUAUAUUACUACGGGAUGUUAUUUAUAAUGUGAAAACUGCUUUUAAUACUGACUUUGACUCAGUCGCUCGAAUGAAGGAGUUGGAGAUUGCACGUGUUAAGGAAAGGAAUGUAAGGAUCUCUGAGAUCCUGAACCAGCUGAAUAUCCAGGAGGAGAUUUGGGAGGCAACUUUUACAGAUAACGAGAAACCAGAUCGAGAUCUGAAAGUCCUAGAUUCAGAGAUCAAAACAGAGAAGUACUUGACCCCACUCCAGAAAGCAAAAGAAAAAAUUAUGGCUAGGAUUAAUCAUAAAAGGCGUCUUGCUGCUCAGGGGGACAGAGCAAGAGAACGUGGGCUUAUGGAUAUGAUGAACGGAGUCCUUGAAGUCAAAAAAGAAGACAUUUUGAAGAUGGAGAUUCCACCACCUCCUUUUGUAGCAAAACCAGAGGGGCUCUGGAGUGAAGAUGAGAAAAAAAUGUAUAAAGAAUACGAGAAGAAAGUGAAGGAACUGAAUGAAGAAAGAGAGAAGCACCGAAAGAUUCUGGAAACUGAAUUGAGGAAACUUCAAAGCUCUGUUCAGGAAACAACACAAACAUUUGACGAAAUUAUGAACAGGCUGUUUGAGAAAAAAGUCAAGUCAGAAAUGGUUAUAUACCAGGAAGAACUCAAAAUAACCAACCUCCUGUACUCAUUGCUGUUGCAUGAAGAGCUGAGCACAAGAGAAGCUGGGCUCAGUCACUAUCUUGAAAAAAAGAGGAAAGAAAAGUCGUCGACGAACGAUGCAGUCAAGGCAGCCAGAGCACAAGUGGAUUCUUACAGAGAGUCCUAUGACAUCUUAGUUGCUGAAGACAAACUCAUGGAACGUGGUUUUAAAAAGGAAUUUCCUGAUGUUCCGAUUCAUCACAUUGAUCAACUAUUCAAACUUUACAAACGUCGGCCUAGGGCUCACAAGACAAAGGUUGUACAUGAUACCCCUAACCCCUAUGGUGACCGGCCAGGCUCUGUCAAAGCGUUUCAGGAUGCUUAUGCCCAUUUAAUGAAAGCUAUCGAUGAAAUGGAUGAACUUGAAAACAAACCAGAGGGCCUUGACCAUAACAUCUGGGAACGUUUCUGUGUAUCUAGACGAGCCAAAGUUGAAAGUGAACAACAGAUUAAACAGAAAGCACUGACACUAGCAGAGAUGCAGACCUUCCUUCAGAAGAGAAUUGAGGAUGACGAGAAGGUACGGAAAGACAUCGAGCAAAUCUUCAAUGAGCUUAAUCUGCUUCGAGAGUUGAAGAUGAACUAUCAGUUAAAUUUGAUGAUCCAGUUUCUCUUUAAACAAGGGCAGGUGGAGCUAGAUGGCAGCAAUUUAAUCCCCAAUUACACAGAUGCUAUUCUUAUCAACAGGAGCAUCAUUGAAGAACUGAACAGCACUAUCCGGGCUCAGGGAGAAAGGAAAGUUGCCAGCAUGGUAGAAAGCAAAGAUUUUCGGAAAGGGAUAUUCCAGUUGGAAUGGGAGCAUAAAAGAAUUCAGAUGCAGAUUGAUGAUCUCAACCAAAAGGCCCGAGAUAUUCAAAAACUGAAUGUUACAAAGGAUCACCAACUUUUCUUGAGGGUACAAAAUUACGACAGCCGGAUGAAUCGUGAGGUCUCAGUAAUGGAGGCAACACUUACUUUUAUAGAUAAGGUUCAUAAGAAAAAUGUGCAACAUCGGGAGAAGCUUAUCAUGGAGCUGGAGAAGCAAAUUGAUCAGAAAAAGGUAGCAAACCAGAAAAUCAGCAAGGAGAUACGCGAAAUGCUUGUUUCCGUGUCAGAAAGGCGGCACAUUUAUGAGUGUUCUGACUCAGAACUACUUAAGCAAAAGAUUCAUAAAGAACAUUAUGAAGACAUCUUACAGCGACAGCAACUUGUGGAUCUUGCCAAAGCACAGGCUCAGGAGUUGUCCAUCCUUCAGGCUGAAGUGGAGAGGCUGAGAAUGAGAACAUUCCCUGCUUUCUUUGAUGUACAAGAAUAUUAGUAAGGGGGAGUGCUCUAACAGAGGACCCUGAAAAGGUUUA